GAAGAGAACACAUAUAAAACGCCUUCUAUUUUAGUAAUAUUAAGUUUAUUUCCAUGAUCAAGACAAUUUUUUAUAUUAAUGGUAGAUAUUGGUUCCAAGUUUUAAUUAUAAUUAAGUAGUUACAUUUCAGCCAUAAAAUAAGUUCCUAUUUCUCGUUGCUGUAGUAGCGACGGUCGCCGCACGACCUCAACACGGUCACCAGCAAAAACACAAUCAUGGUCACGUAUUCCUACCACAACACAUUCUAUUGCACCAAACUACCAACGUCAAACUCAGUACCGCACCUAUCGAAAAGCAUAAGAAUAAUCGCCAAGAUGUACUUAUCCGCCACGGUGAACAUAAUAGUCACCGUGGUGGAAAAGUUGGACCUCAUCACAAACCGAAAGAACGACUCGAUCCAACCUCCUCAUCAAAGAGUAUCCAGCAACCCAUCGAAAAAGAAACUGAGAAAGAGAGCGAGAAAUAUGUUCGAUGUUCCCACUUCUCUCCAACCAGAUAUUCAUAUACCCUCUAGAACUACAAUAAUAAUAAUGCAACCAGAGUCAGACUAUGAGUUGGGAGACCCUUACAUUGCUGAAAAGAAAACACAAAAAACGUCUAGCAAUAAGGCCGUUGUUAAGGGCAUUUACAGUUUGGAUCAACCUGAUGAUUCUGUCAAGAUUGCGGAGUAUACUGAUAAGAAGAGUGGUUUUAUAUUCCAAAUCUUUCCUAGAUUGAUUCAAAACCAACGUGACAUAAUAUGACAGUUGCAAUACACGUUUAUUCCUAAACCC